AACCCUAAAUAUAUAAGUACAAAUUUCCAACCUUUUAAACCUGCGACAGCCGACAACUCUGCUAUUAGUUUUUUUUUGCAUACAUUAACAUCCGGACUUCUCAUCUUUGCUCUCUGGUUGGAUCCGCAUCGCGCACAACAGAAAUAUAUUUUCUUUCAGACAUUCCCGUUGAUCAAAUUCCAGAUUCAAAAUGGUAUCAAGAGGUGGUGACAAUCCUCCUAGAGGCAGUGCUGCAGCUGCUGGGAUGCGGAGGAGGAGAACGACUGGUGCUGGUGCUGGAGCUGGAAACAGUAGCGGCAGCAAUAUGCUGAGGUUUUAUACUGAUGAUGCCCCAGGACUAAAAAUCACACCAACCGUGGUAUUGGUGAUGAGCCUUGGAUUCAUCGGAUUUGUAACUGCUUUACAUGUAAUUGGUAAACUCUACCAUUAUAGGGCUGGAGGAAUGUGAAGAUAUUCAGUUUCUGGCUAGAAGACAUGGAUGGAGUAGCAAAUGUAUUCUCUCUCAUUAAGAGAACUUAAUUUUGAGAUAACUCAAGAUUUAAGUUUUCUGCUACAACAUGCCUUGUGAUGAUUUUAGUGAUUUGUAUGGAUAAAGUUUAUUUGUAUUUCCCUUAAAAGUAACUGAAGAAAUGUUCCCUUUCUAAUUCGAAAAAAUUAGAAAAUGUUUAUGAAGCGUAAUGUUAUUAAUACGACAGAACAUACUUUAGCUAAAUUUUCAUAUGUAACAAACAGAAUACAAUUGGUUGUGUUUUGAGAAUGGAAGAUCUGAUAGCUGGUCUAUGUUUAGUGUUCA